UAGAAGGAAUCGAUAUAGAAAAUAAAGGAUUUAUGGGAGUUAGAGAGCUGGAUUAUUUGCUAAGUAAAAAAUCAGAUUAUCAACAAAAACCUGGUUUAAUUCUUAUUAAUCCCCCUUUUAAUGUGCAUAGAGAUGUUCAACCGCAAACUUUCGAGUAUUUUGAAAAAAAUGGAUGGUCACGGCGUCCGCUAUUGCCGGAAGUUUUUUUGGCUAAAACAGUAGAACUUUUUGGUAAAGAAGCCUCGAUAGUUUUGUUUACUCCUUACGGAAUGAGGCUUAAUUUGACCUUAGAUUCAAACUUAGAGAGUAAGCGACUAAGCAAAUUCAAUGACCACAAAUAUCCUGAAAUAACUAGUAUAAUUGCUUUACCAAAAAAUAUUUAUAAUCUCGACAAAAGAAAUGUCGAGAGAAAAGAAUUUAUUCAAAGCAUCACCAAUUUUAUUGAUAAUAGACAAGGAGGCACUCAAGAAUAUAAUAAUCUAAAUCAGGAUGAGUAUUUUGCUGGUGACAUCAUCUUACAAAAAGGAAGUGAGAAAAAUGAAUUUUGUCUGAUUAUUGACGGUCAGCAGAGAUUAGUUACCAUAUUUAUUCUCCUUCGGGUCAUUUUCGAGAAUUUAGAAAAAAAGGAUGCGGGAGAAAAAACAAGAAAAGAAAUUAAUGAAAUACUUUUUUUGUAUAAAGAUAGAGAAAACAAAGAAGACAGUAAAAAGAGCCGCAUAUCUCUGAAUAAUUUCCAUGAUAAGCAGGAAUUUGAGGAAGUAAUGGGCUUUUUUUCAGGUUCUCAAUCAAUAAAGACCAAAAAAAGAAAAAAACGUGGUAACGUAUUGGAGGCCAAAGAGUUUUUUACUAAAUUUUUCCAAGCGGAAACCGAUUACCAAAUUCUGGAAAUUUAUGAAGUGAUAAUAGAGAAUUUUUAUUUUGCGGUGGUAGAAAUUCAGCAUGAUGAUCAGGUGCAAGAACUUUUCACGGCCUUGAACAAUACUGGAUUGAAUUUGAGUAACUCUGACCUUUUAAAAAAAGGUAAUAUAGUAGAAAUUAUUAGUGAUGCUAGCAAAAGACAGACCAUAAAUCGUGAAAUGGACCGUUUUUUGGUCGAUUUCUGGUUAGCUAAAUUUGGUGAAAGCGAACCCGCAAACAGAAAUAAAAUCGCUAAACCAACCAAACUUAGCGUGUAUAACCUUUUUGAUUACAAAAUUAAAAGUGAUGGCAAAGAAGCAUAUAAAAUGCUUAACUUGCUUGUUGAAUAUGCGGAGUCUCCGGGCGAAAUUCCUCGUUUCAUUCCUUCAAUAUUGGAAGAAAUUGCAGAAAAUAAUAG